AUGUUCGACGUGGCUUUGAAGAUUGUCGAAUUCUACGACCCGGAAAUGGCAGCGGCGUCGGCCCUCACGGCGCGAACCGAGCGCGGCCCGCUUGUGCACGACUUGUCGCGCGCGGCGUAUGAGACUAUCCGCAAAACGCAGAUCCCCGCGGAAUCCAUGUACGCGCAAAUCGAACCGCUCAUGGUCGGGCCAUUGGCGGCUCUGGUGAUGCCAGCCGUCUCUCCAGCCCAUCUGGCUGCUGCGUUGAGCGUCCUUGCCCCGAUUCCAGGCAAGUUCCCUGCGCCAACAAGGAAGAGGAACCCAGGCUACCACGACCCGACGUGCCAGAACGGCUUGGCGAAGCUGUUGCUCGUCGGUGGGCGGAUAGAGGGCAAGGUUUUCGACCAGGCCGGCGUCAACUGGGUGGGCGGCAUUGAGGGCGGCAUGGAGGGGCUGCGCGCUCAGCUCGUUGCUAUUCUCCAGGGCGCCGGUUUGGGCAUCACGAAUGCUCUGGAAGGAGGCAGCAGGAAUCUGUGGCUGACCCUGGAGGGGCGCAAGGGCCAGCUGGAGGACGAGUCGAAAUCAUGA